AGAGGGACUAGUACCGAUCUUGCACACGAAAAUCACUCAGUACGAAAGCAAAAGACUUGGCAGACGAUGCACCAUCCCCCCAAUGAAAAGCAGGGGUGUCACUAGCACGUUAAGAGACCAUACAAUAAGUGUCAGGGGCCCAAGACUGUUCAACUGCCUCCCAGCACACAUAAGGGGGAUUACCAACAGACCCCUGGCAGUCUUCAAGCUGGCACUGGACAAGCACCUAAAGUCAGUUCCGGAUCAGCCGGGCUGUGGCUCGCACGUUGGUUUCCGUGCAGCCAGCAGCAACAGCCUGGUUGAUCAGGCUCUGAUCCACCAGGAGGCCUGGUCACAGACCGGGCCGCGGGGGCGUUGACCCCCGGAACUCUCUCCAGGUAAACUCCAGAUUACAAGGGUAUCCAUUCAGUCUUGCAACAGAAUUCUAGCAGAAACAAGGGCAAUCGUUCGUAAGGAAUAUACCAAACAAGACACUUUGCCAGACGCACGUGGAGUUGUUGACAUUGAUGUGACGUAUGAUGGCAAGUGGCAUACUAGGGGCCAUCAUUCUAAUUUUGGCAUUGGUGUGGCUAUUGAUGCCUUGACAAAGCUUGUUGACUAUCAAGUGUUGUGUAAAUACUGUUCUUGUGUGUCAAUAUGGAAAAUCGUUUGAAGAAGAAGAAAAUUACUGUGGAAACGUAUGAAAAAUUUAAAGAAAACCAUGAAAGGAAAUGCAACAAAAACUUUUCCGGCUCCUCAGGAAAAAUGGAGGUAGAAGCUGCACUCAUCAUUUGGCAAAGAUCACUGAAGCACAAGUUGAGGUACAAGACCAUAGUGUCUGAUGGUGAUAGUGCAACCUACAAAGGAAUUAUUGAACUCAAUGAUGGUGCUGGUCCAUACCAAGGUUUACAAGUUACAAAAGAAGAGUGCAUCAACCAUUAUGCAAAGCGGCUGAAAAAUAGGUUGACAAGCUUGGUAAAAUUGCACUACACGGAAAAACAACUUAGAACCGGAAAAAAGAGAGAGGAGUAUCACCUGAAGAGGAAAGGGAUGUUGACAGAUUUCAUGAUUCACAAGCUUGCUCAGUAUUUUCAGAAGAACCUAAGGGACAGUCGUGGAACUGAUGUUGAAACUAUGAGGAAUGGAAUACUUGCAAACUUCUUUCACUGUUCCUCCACUGACGACAACCCAGAGCAUCACCUUUGUCCACCUGGUUCUGCUUCAUGGUGUUUUUACCAGAAGGCACUGGCAGACAACCUACCACCACCAUCCCACACAACCAUGAAAGUGAAGUUUCAGCUACAACCCAACGACUUCAACCAGGUGCAUGAAGUCUACAAGGACCUCACCCGAGAUGACAUGAUGGAACGAUGCAUACAGGGACGAACACAAAACCCAAAUGAAAGCCUUCACCAAAGAAUAUGGUCGUACUGCAACAAAGCCCUGUAUAGAAAUAAGUGGCAAGUUGAUUUCUCCGUCAGCCAUGCGAUAGCAGAGUACAAUGUAGGAUACGAAAGUUGUUUGGACAUACAACUUGGAUAUGGGCGUUCCUCAUUGAACCAAAAACGUCUGAAGGAUAUGGACAGAAUAAUGCAGACACUCAAAGCUCCAAGAAGCAAGAAGAGGAAGACGGUGGUGGACACCUCCUAUGAGGCUGGAGGCCAUUAGAUGAUCCAUGUCCAUGCCUACUCUUCGUCAAAGUUUGAUGUGUAUGGACCGUCAUGAUUGGCCAAUCUGCAAAGGACUUCAGGAUGGAGGGAUCUGCAUGGAACUUCAGAAAUAUGUUAUAUAUGCUCACUUCUACUCCUAAUAAACAUAAGAAGGCACAUGGAAUAUUUUUACCCACCAUAAGCUAAGCCUCAAUGUAUUAUUCCAUUUUUCUGGAAAGUCCAUUU